AUGAAAGUGGUUAUAUUAGUAGUUUUGGCAUUAAUAUCAACUUCAAAUUCUCAACAACCUCAAGGUGAACCAAUUCCAAUUAUUCGAUACGAUAAUGAAGGUGUUAACGCAGACGGAUCAUACCAGUGGAGUUUUGAAACUGGUAAUGGUAUAGUUGCCCAGGAGCAGGGCCAAAUAAAAAAUGCAGGAUCAGAUAACGAGGCGGCAGAAGUUCAAGGCUCCGUACAGUACACAGAUUCAGAUGGUACCCCCAUUUCCUUAAAUUAUAUUGCCAAUGAAGAUGGUUUCCAACCUCAAGGAGAUCAUUUGCCAACUCCACCUCCCAUUCCUCCAGCUAUACAGAAGGCUCUAGAAUGGAUUGCUGCUCAUCCUGAACCUGAUCAACCUGGUCAAGCUUCGAAUGUUCAGCCAGUAUUAUACAGUAAACAGUCAUCACAGAGAAGAUACUAA